UUCUUUUCCUAUAAAUGUCUCUGUGUUUCUCGGCUUCUACACAGGCUGCCUUGCCCUUCUUCAUCAUUUCAGUGAGAAACUAUAUAACAUUUACUUACACAUAUACGUAUAGCAUAUAUAGAAGCUGAUGGAGGCAACUGAAGAUCAUAUAGUGAUUGCUGGAGCUGGCAUUGCUGGCCUCACCACAGCCCUUGGUCUCCACAGGUUGGGAAUAAGAAGUUUGGUUUUAGAGUCGUCUGACCAGUUGAGGACCACUGGGUUCGCGUUCAUAACAUGGCCGAAUGCUUGGAAGGCUCUGGAUGCUAUCGGCAUCGGGGACUCGCUCCGUCGGGACCACAACUUGCUUCUUCGGUUGAAGACAAUUUCUGCAAUGUCAGGAUUACAGACUACCCAGAGACAAUUUAGUUUCAAAGGAAGACCUCAAGAGGAGUUUGAGAUGAGAUGUGUGCAGAGGAAGAAUUUGCUGGUAGCUCUAGAGAGGGAGCUCCCGAAAGGCACCAUUCGGUUUUCAUCGAAGGUGGUCUCUGUCGAGGAGUCGGGACAGCUGAAGCUGAUCCACCUCGCCGAUGGGUCUGUCCUCAAGGCCAAGGUGUUGAUCGGGUGCGAUGGAGUGAACUCAGCUGUCGCAAAAUGGCUCGGGCUCAAGAGCCCAGCAUUUUCGGGCAGGGCUGCGAUCAGGGGCUUUGUGAACUACAAUCGAGCCCACGGGUUAGAGCCCAUGUUCACACAGUGCUUCGGGAAAGGAGUGAGGUUCGGUAUGGUCCCCUAUGAUGAUACAUCUGCGUAUUGGUUCUUCACUUGGUCUCCUUCUCCACAAGAGAAGGAUAUAGCGGAAGAUCCCAUGAAGAUGAAGCAGUUUUUGCUCAGCAAGCUUGGGAAUGUCCCCGACCAGGUGAGGGAAGUGUACGAGAGGACUGAACUCGAGAACAUGAUAAUGUCUCCGUUGAGGUACAGGCACCCGUGGGAGUUGGCAUUGGGAAACAUAAGCAAGGGCAAUGUCUGUGUAGCAGGGGAUGCGUUCCACCCGAUGACCCCUGACCUCGCCCAGGGAGGCUGCUCUGCACUCGAAGAUGGAGUCAUCUUAGCAAGAUGUCUCGGUCAAGCCCUGAAAAACAACGAUAAUGGCAAACUGAGCAUGGAACAAGAGAGAAAGAGGAUCGAGACGGGUCUGAAGAACUAUGACAGAGAGAGGAGGUGGAGGGGAGUCAAGCUCAUAUCUGCAGCGUUCAUGGUGGGAUACAUUCAGCAGGGCAAUGGGAAGGUGCUGACUUUCCUGAGGGAUCGGGUUCUGGCCGCCUUUUUAGCUGAAAGGCUCGUGGAUUUUGCUAGUUUCGACUGUGGAAAGCUGUAGAAUGCUUAGAUUUCACCUUUCUGAAAUGUAGCAUGUUUCUUUAAUAAAUGAAGUAUUGCAGCAGUUGUCAGAUAA